AGUAUUUGUAUAUAUGGUGGUGGAAAUAGACAACAACAAAUAAAAGACGUUGCCAAAGACAUAGACAUCAUUAUUGCAACUCCUGGGCGACUGCAUGAUCUGCAAAUGAAUAAUUUUGUCAACCUUAGAAGCAUAACCUACUUAGUCUUAGAUGAAGCUGAUAAGAUGCUAGAUAUGGGAUUUCAACCUCAGAUAAUGAAGAUUUUAUUAGAUGUGCGCCCAGAUCGGCAAAUGAUCAUGACAAGUGCAACUUGGCCAGAUGCCAUUCGUCGACUUUCACAAACUUAUUUGAAAGAGCCUAUGAUCGUUUAUGUUGGUACUCUGGAUCUAGUUGCUGUAAAUACAGUGAAGCAAAAUAUAAUUGUUACCACAGAAAGAGAAAAAAGAUCUCUUAUCAAAGAAUUCCUACACAGCCUGUCACCCAAAGACAAAGUCAUCGUGUUUGUCAGUAGGAAAAUUGUCGCUGACGACUUAUCCAGCGAUUUAAGUCUCCAAGGCCUAGCUGUACAAUCCUUGCAUGGAAACAGAGAACAGAGUGACCGUGAGCAGGCAUUAGAUGACUUUAGAAGUGGAAAUGUGAAAAUACUGAUUUCUACUGACUUAGCAUCCCGAGGUCUUGAUGUUGAUGAUAUCACACAUGUGUAUAAUUAUGAUUUCCCAAGAAACAUUGAAGAAUAUGUACACAGAGUAGGGCGUACUGGAAGAGCAGGGAAGACUGGCACGUCCAUUACUCUUAUGACUAAAAAUGAUUGGAAGACUGCCCCUGAAUUGAUUAAAAUUCUGGAAAGAUCAAAUCAAAGUAUCCCAGAAGCUCUUGUAACAAUGGCCGAAAAAUACAAGUUAGGUGAACAAAAUAGAGACACAGGAAACAAAUCAAAACUAUUUCAACAAAAACCCAAGGAGUUUCAUUAA